AUGAAGAAAAAACCUGUAGAUGGUUCAUUCACCUUUAAUCAGCAGAGAAGUCGUGACUUGAUGAUUGCAUGGUGUGUUAGAGCUGAUGUAACAUUCAAUAAGUUUGACGAUGAAGGCUUUGAGCCUUGGAUGGAGUCAUUGCAACCUGCAUUUAGAUGCAUAGGGCGACAAAUGAUUCGUAAUGAAUGUGUUGCUAAGUUUGAGAGAGCAAAGACAGAAUUACGAAGUGAACUUCAGAGUCUUAACUCUCGCAUAUGCUUCACAUCUGAUCUUUGGACAUCAAACCAAAAGUUGGGAUAUGUUUGUGUGACAGCUCACUAUAUUGGUCCUGAUUUUAUUUUGAAGAAAAAGAUAAUUGCAUUUAAGGAUCUGAAGUAUCCACAUACGGGUGUAGCUAUUGAGGAAGCCAUUACAACUGUUCUGACAGAUUAUGGUAUCAAAGAGAAGAUGUUUAUCAUCACACUCGACAAUGCAGCAAAUAACAAGGCAGCUUGUGAUCUUUUGCAACAAAGCGGAAAGUCCGACAUGUUAUUUGGUGGUGAGCAUCUUCUUGUUAGAUGUUGUGCUCAUAUACUCAACAUUCUUAUCCAAGAUGGUAUGAACAUUGUUAGUGCUAUGAUAGAGUUGAUAAGAGACCUGAUUAGGCACAUUAACUCAUCACCAUCGCGUAUCCAGGAUUUCAAUGAGAUAGCUCAAAGGGAAUGUCUUGCGGCAAAGGCUGGUUUAGUCCUUGAUGUUCCCAACCGUUGGAACUCAACCCAUGCCAUGAUUAUGGAGGCAGUAAAGUAUAAGAUCGUCUUGAAGCGAUAUGCCCAAGCAAAUCAGCAACCAUUUCUAACUGAAGAUAAGUUUAGCAAAGUUGAGUACAUUGGUGAGUUCCUUGGAGUUUUUGAGGAAACUACCAGGGCAUUCUCAGCUGAUAGAUAUGCUACUUCCCACAUGUUCCUGGAUAAUGUGCUUUGUAUCCAUCAAACUCUAAAUAGUCCAGAAUGGUCCAAGGAUGAGGUUAUCGCAGAUUUGGCAAAAGCAAUGGAGAGGAAAUUUGAUAAGUAUUGGACUGGAAAUUACAAUAUGAUCCUUGUUAUUUGCAGCAUACUUGAUCCAAGAACAAAAGUUGACUUCUUAUACUUCUUUUAUGAGAAGGUGUGCAGGAACUUUAUUGGCAUUGACUUGAGCCAAAAUCUAGCUAAAGAGUGUCUUCGCAAGUAUUUCAGGAAGUAUGAAGAGGGCUUGCAGGACAAGAUCAAGCUGGUGGCCAUUGAUCUUCAGGACAAACCAGCUUGGUACAAGGAGAAGGUUUACCCACAGGAGCUAGGAACUUUGUUGAUUUAA